CCGUCUCUUCAUUUCUUGGGCAAGCUUGGAGGUUUCGGGUGCAAAGUGGUGCAAAAUGGACGGCAGCCGCGUAGCGCUCCUGUUGUGCGUUUUGAUCGCGUGUGUUGGUGGUUGUUUGGCGAGAACGAGAGGCCGCGAUAGGAUUUUGUUGUUUUCGAAUAAUUUUUUACCGAAUGAUUAUAAUUUUAGAUAUUUAACCGAGGACCGUUCCUACAGGGAGGAAUCGGGUCGCACGGUGAAAAGGGGUAUUGAAACCAUCAUGAGAGUCAGGGGAAAAUUUUAUUAUACGGGGCCCGACGGCAGAGUCUACGAAACCGUAUACGAGGCAGACGAAAAUGGCUACAGACCGCGUAGUAGGAUUUUGGGUGGCAUCCGAUAUCCGUACCCCGAAAGGUUUCCCCAACCUUAUCCAGAUCCGAUACCGCCAUUCGCAAACGAUGACGUGACGUCACUGACGGGAAGUGGAUUUGGUGCAAAAUUACCGUCCGAUAAAGGAAGAAGACCCACCGUUAGACCAAACGCGUAUGAGCCAAAGGAAGAUAAAGAAGAGACCAAUAGUAAAAUUGAUUACUAUGACAACGAUGGGUCGUAUUCCUAUAAAGACACCGAAGAAGAAAAACGGGAGACGAAAGAGAAAAGCACGACUGAAACGUCGAAAAAUAAAUACGACGGAGGCGAAGAAAAUGCAAGGGACCCGUUUUUAGACUCCUUGUUUGGGAGUUAAUAUUCGCUAUCAAUAUUAACGCCGACUCGUUACCAUUUUAUAUAUACAGGGUGUUUCAAAAACAUGCGCCAACGACGGACAGGAGAAUCGCGAUACAAAAAAAGGGUUUCGAUAUAUCACACAUUUUUGGUACGGUUUUGUUGAAAGUUGGCAACGUCUGACUUUUUUUUUAACAAUUUUUAUGAACAUUUAUUCUUUGAACCCUGUAAUCACAACAAACUUCGUUUUACAGAAUUAACGCAAUGUUGAAAAUAGGCCCCAUUAGCUUGAAUGCGCAAAACCUUUUUUUUAAUAUUGAAAAUUAUGUUUAGAUAAACUUUUUUUGUGUAUUUUUGCAACACCCUGUUUAACCGAAUCACAAGGCUGAACUAUGUAGAGUUAUAUCUCAAACCCUUAUACGGUUGGAGAAAAAAAAUGCGUCUCGGUUGAUGUACAAUUUUAAUUUAUACUUAAGAUGCAGUUGCGGUAUACUUACUCAUAUUUGUUUAUAAAUAUUAAUAUAUGCUGGAUGUCUCACAAUUAACACAUGCUAUAUAUUUUGUAUUUUUUAAAGAAAAAACAUGUUUUGUAAAAUAAAGUACCCCGAAGGACUUCAAAGCCA